UGGAGACAGCCCAGUAGCUGGGCUUGACAAAACCAGAUCGAAGCAGAGGCAGAGUAGGGUUUCAAAGCAAGCAGUGAAAGACCGGGAAUGCUGUUCAGGAAAUUCUUCAGGCAUGGGCAGGGACUUGGCUGCAGUUGUGCGGCUGGAAAAUCUGACUGGGGCAGCUCCUGAGUGCAGGCAGGGCCUCCUCACAUGGGCGGGCUGAGUGGCCACCUCCUUCAGAGCCUCUCAGCUUUCCCCAGGACCACGGGGGACUCUCAUCCGCCACUCUGUGAAACAGAGGAGAGAUGCCUCAGGAACAGUACUCUCACCACAGGAGCACCAUGCCCAGCUCAGAGGGGCCACACAUAUACAAAGUGGGGAUUUAUGGCUGGAGAAAAAGAUGCCUGUAUUUCUUUGUCCUGCUCCUCAUGAUUUUAAUUCUGGUGAACUUGGCCAUGACCAUCUGGAUUCUCAAAGUCAUGAACUUCACAAUUGAUGGAAUGGGGAACUUAAGAAUCACAGAAAAGGGUCUGAAGCUAGAAGGAGACUCAGAAUUCUUACAACCUCUCUACGCCAAAGAAAUCCAGUCCCGACCAGGUAAUGCCCUAUACUUCAAAUCUGCCAGGAAUGUGACAGUGAACAUUCUCAAUGACCAGACAAAAGUGCUGACUCAGCUGGUGACAGGUCCAAAAGCUGUGGAAGCAUAUGGCAAAAAGUUUGAAGUAAAAACAGUUUCUGGAAAAUUGCUCUUUUCUGCGGAUGACAGUGAAGUGGUCGUGGGAGCUGAGAGAUUGCGAGUCUUAGGAGCUGAAGGCACAGUCUUUCCCAAAUCCAUAGAAACACCUAAUGUCAGAGCAGACCCCUUCAAGGAACUAAGGUUGGAGUCCCCAACCCGAUCUCUAGUGAUGGAAGCCCCGAAAGGCGUAGAAAUAAAUGCAGAAGCGGGCAAUAUGGAAGCCACCUGCAGAAGUGAGCUGAGACUGGAGUCCAAGGACGGGGAGAUUAAGUUAGAUGCUGCGAAAAUCAAACUACCUAGACUGCCUCGCGGAUCCUACACACCCACAGGAACGAGGCAGAAGGUCUUUGAGGUCUGCGUCUGUGCCAAUGGGAGGUUAUUCCUGUCCCAGGCAGGAACUGGUUCCACUUGUCAGAUAAACACAAGUGUCUGCCUUUGAAGGACUAUCCACAGUGGACUAUUGUUGGCAGCAUUGAAGCCCUUUUUGGCUAGAGACACUGGCUGUCAGUUAUUUUUACUAGAACACAGAAAGCCUAUCAAAGACCUUGUGUGUGUGUGUGUGUGUGUGUGUGUGUGUGUGUGUGUGUGUGUGUGUGUGGUUGUGUGUAUGAGUGGAUAUAAAUAUAUAUAAAUAUAUAUAAAUAAAUAUAUAUAUCCUCUGUAUAAAAUGAGGUUUCAGUACAAAAGGAACCAUGGGUGACCCUGUGACAUCAUCCACUGUCAUUUUUCCACCCCAUCCCCACAUAACAGAAUCUAAGCACUGGCUCAGCAUUCCCCAGGCAAUUUCAAAUCACACAGUAAAUUGAGCACUUAGAGAAUAUCCACUGAUAUUGUCAAGUAAUCCCCUAGCUUCUCUCUUAGAGUCAUUUAGAGGCAGUGAUGGCGGGAAUCUUUGGGUCACUCUCAAGUGAUGAUAUAUUAGCAUAAAAGAUAAAUAUUUAACCCAUUUGUAAUCACAACACCAGGCAAGUUGUGGUGAUGGAAGCCAGCCUAGGCUACAUAAUGAGACUGUAUUAAAAACAAAGACAUUUGGUU